GACAAUAUAGAUUAUAUUACUUUUCACUUAACUGUUGAAUUAAUUUAGAUCGUAGAUUGUUUAGUUCAAAAUUAGUUUUAGUAUGCGAACACUUGUGUUAAGUAUUAGUGUGCAUAUCUCUAUCAGUAAGAGAAUGAUUAAAUAAAAAAUACGUUGAUCACGUGUACGAUGAUAAAUAUGAAUAAGAAUUGUUACACUAGAGCAAAAGAAAAAAACAAAUAAAUAAAAAUAAAUGUAUUAUGUGAAAAUGUCAGCUGAUUUAACUUUUGUAUUCAACGUCAUCAGUUCAUUCUUAUUGAUAAUUACAAAAAGCAAGGCCAUUCAAAGUAAGAUGAGAAUAAAAAUAAAUAUUCAAAAUAAAAAAAAGAAAAACUUUCUUUUGCAUAUCAUCUAGAUAAUAUACACAUAUCAAUAAAUUCUUCGAAAUCAUUUCAUUCUUGUACAGGUUACACGAACAUUCCUUUGAUAGAUCCAAUUACAGCAACUAUUAAAAGUUUAGCAGAAGAUUUAUCAGCUUGUCGUUAUUCAUCAUUUGAUCUUGUGCGUUGGUAUUUAACUCGUAUUGAUGCUGUUAAUCGAAAAGGUUUUUAUCCACUUCAUGCUGUUAUUGAAACAAAUCCUGAUGCUCUAAUGAUUGCCGAGAUGCUUGAUCAAGAACGACAUAUAUUUGGUUCAAGAUCAUUGCUUCAUGGAAUUCCUAUUUUAAUUAAAGAUAAUAUUGCAACAAAUGAUAAAAUGGAAACAACAGCUGGCAGUUUAGCACUUGUUGGAUCUCGUGUACCUCGUGAUGCAUUUAUUGUUGAACGAUUAAGACAAGCAGGUGCAAUUAUUUUAGGUAAAACAUCAUUAACAGAAUGGAGUAAUUAUAAAUCAGAUAGUAGUACAAGAGAAGGAUGGUCUGCACGUGGUGGUUUAAGCAGUUCAGCUUAUGUUGCUAAUGGAGAUCCAUCAGGAAGUAGCAGUGGUUCAGCUAUUUCGACAAGUGCAGGUUUAUCCGCAGCUACCAUUGGAACAGAAACUGCUGGUAGUAUUGUUAUACCUUCAUGCCUUGCAAAUGUUGUCGGUCUAAAACCAACGGUUGGUUUAACAUCACGUUCAGGUGUUAUUCCAAUCUCACAUGAUCAUGAUACAGUUGGACCUAUAGGUAAAACUGUUGAAGAUGUUGCUCUUCUACUUGAAGUUAUACAAGGUGUUGAUAGUCGAGAUUAUGCAACACAACAAACAGGCAUCAUUCGUCAUCAAAAUUAUACACAAUUUUUACUUGGUGUUGAAGGAUUUCGACAUCUUCGAUUAGGUAUUCAUAUAUCAAAUGAGAGAGAAGAUAAAGUACAAAAAGCUAUUGAAUUAAUGCGGCUUCAUGGUGCAAUUAUUAUUGAUCCAGUUAAUGUAAAUGGUGUUGGAGAUAAAAAUAUAAUCAACAAUUUAGAAUCACUUUUUCGUUAUAAUUUUCGUCAUGAUAUAUCAAAUUAUUUAUCUGAACUUAAAAAUACUACAAUGAAAUCAUUAAGAGAUCUAAUUGACUUCAAUAUAGAACAUGCUGACCAACAAUUUCAUGAUAAAUAUUCUCCUAAUCAAAAUAGAUUUAUCUCGAGUGAAACUCAAAAAAACUUUACAGCUAAUGAUUAUGCAAAUUUAUAUAAUAAAACUCGUCAAUUUGGUGGCCAAUAUGGAAUUGAUGCAGCAUUGAUUCAAUACAAAUUAGAUGCACUAGUUGUAGCUGAUGCUAUACAUGAUAUCACUUCUAUGGCUUCAUUUGUUGGUUAUCCAUUAAUUGUUGUUCCAUUAGGUUUUAAAAAAUCAAAUGAUGAACCUUAUUGUUUAAUGUUUGCUGGAACUGCAUGGUCAGAAUCAAUUCUUUUACGUAUAGCACAUGGAUUGGAACACAUAUUACCUAUACGAAAUACUGUACGACCAAAAUAUGCUGAACCAAAUGUGUCUGUUCGUUAA